CACACUAAAGUCACUAAAUUCACUUCUCAUCUCCACCCAGAGACAUCAAGCUCUCCAAGGUCUCCAACUUUCCGAUUUUCAUCCCUAGUAUAUCUCUCAUCUCACCAAGGAAAACUCAGUUUGAUACUUUGCGGGUCGCUUUCCUCAACUUUUUCCAGUUUAAAACCAAUGGAGAAGAUACAGAAGAUGAUUUCCGGAAAGCCAGUAGUUAUCUUUAGCAAUAACUCUUGCUGUAUGUCUCACACAAUCAAGACUCUCUUCUUAGAUUUCGGCGUGAACCCGGCGAUCUAUGAGCUAGACGAGAUCAGUAGAGGAAAAGAGAUUGAGAAUGCAUUGGCUCUGCUCGGCUGCAGCCCAACCGUUCCGGUGGUGUUCAUAGGAGGUCAGCUCGUUGGUGGAGCCAAUCAAGUCAUGAGUCUUCAUCUCAAUCGUUCUCUUGUUCCGAUGCUUAAACGCGUUGGGGCUUUGAUUUAAAUAUAAACGGGACUAACGGAAGAACGCACUUAAUUUGAUAAUUCAUAAUGUACUAGAACUAGUCAGAAACUGACAGUAGCAAUAUACAUGUAUGAAUAUGUUUGUCUUGUCUAUCUAAGUUUAUAAAAGAUAGAUAAAUGUGGAUAUCUAUUUUAUAAUGUGUUGUUAUAUCUUAUAAUAAAAACAGUUAGCGUUGGAUUUCU